UUUUGAAAUGUUAGCGCGCGCGCGUGCAGUGCAAGCAGUGCUCAUACAUGUUACGUAGGCGAGACGUUGGUGAUCGUGAAUGAAUGAACGUAUCGGAUCUGCACGAUCUGCAAACGGUACAUUUACCGUACCGGAGCUCGGAGAGAGACCCCAGCGCAGCCCGUAUACUGCUGCCGAUAGCGCUGCAGAAGCUGACCGACCUCCUGGCCUAGUGCUGUAGCUGCCGCUGCAAGACAGAUUAACGUCCGAGCUCUUGUUGAAUCUAGAUUAGGUCUUCCUCUUCCUGACGAGAGAUCCAGUCUUGAUUUCAUCUAGUAGUCUUUCCUUCAGUCCAAGAUGGCAUCUGGUGAAGAGGCUCUGAAGAACUUAGCCAGCUGUCUCCAACAGACACUGUCUACAAACAUCAAGGAGAGAAAAGAAGCUGAGCAGUUUCUGGAGUCAGUUGAAGGGAAUCCAAACUAUGCCAUCAUGCUACUGCUGCUGAUAGAACUGGACACCGUGGAGGACACCAUCCGCCAGUCAUCAGCCAUCACUUUCAAAAAUUUUGUCAAACGCAACUGGAGAGUGGUCGAAGAUGAGCCUAACAAGAUCUCGGAGGAGGAUCGCUUGAAAAUCAAGACAAAAAUUGUUGGGUUGAUGCUGAGUGUUCCUCUCAAGCUACAGAGACAGCUGAGCGAUGCUAUCAGUAUGAUAGGGAAGGAGGACUUCCCGGACAAAUGGGACACCCUUCUCGGUGAGCUCACCUCUCAGUUUCAGAGCGGUAACUUUCACGUCAUCAACGGUGUCCUCCGAACUGCACACUCGCUUUUUAAAAGGUACCGCUAUGAAUUCAAAUCAAAUGCUCUUUGGACGGAGAUCAAACAUGUCCUUGAUAAUUUUGCUCAGCCGCUUACACAACUUUUCUAUGUUACGAUGUCGUUGAUCGUGGAGCACAAGGACAACAAGGAAUCAAUGAUCAUCCUCUAUGACUCGCUCACUCUCAUCUCAAAGAUCUUCUACAGUUUGAAUUAUCAGGAUUUGCCAGAAUUCUUUGAAGACAACAUGAAGGUUUGGAUGCCUCAUUUUCACACUCUCCUGACUGGAGACAACGCACUGCUUCAUUCAAAGAACGAAGAUGAAGCCGGACCGCUUGAGAUGCUGAAAUCUCAAAUCUGUGACAAUGUUGCCCUCUAUGCCCAGAAAUACGACGAAGAGUUCCAGGAGUACCUGCCAAACUUUGUGCAUGCUAUCUGGAAUCUCCUUGUGACAACGGGGUCACAGGUCAAAUAUGAUCUGCUCAUCAGCAACGCCAUCCAGUUCUUAGCAUCAGUAGCAGACAGAGACCAUUAUAAACAUCUCUUUGAGGCACCAGAAACACUGAAAGAAAUCUGUGAGAAAGUCAUCGUACCCAACAUGGAAUUUAGAGAAACUGAUGAGGAUCUGUUCGAGGUCAACCCAGAGGAAUAUAUCAGACGAGAUAUCGAAGGUUCAGACAUGGAUACAAGACGGAGGUCUGCUUGUGAUUUGGUCAAAGCACUCACCAAAUUCUUUGAGGCUCCGGUCAUCGAAAUAUUCUCAAAAUAUGUACAGCUCAUGCUUGAGGGGUACAGGAGCAACCCGGAGAAGAACUGGAAGCAGAAGGACGCAGCUACGUAUCUGGUCACAUCUAUAGCAUCCAAGUCAAAAACAGAGAGGCAUGGUACGGUGCAAGUGAGCGAACUCGUCAAUAUCCAAAAUUUCUACACGGAUAAUAUCCUUCCUGAUCUAGGUGCAGCAGAAGUUGACCAGCUGCCAGUGCUCAAAGCCGAUGCACUGAAGUAUGUGAUGACCUUCAGAAAUAUCCUUCCUACGGAGACAUUACUAGGGUCCCUCCCGUUCCUGGUCCAGCUCCUGAAAGCGGAGAGUCAAGUAGUCCACACCUAUGCUGCCAACACCUUGGACAAACUCCUCUUGGUUCGUAAGGAAGGCAACGAUAGGAUGGUCAAAUCAGAGCACCUAAAACCUCUCAUGGAAGUCCUGCUCACAAACCUCUUCAAUGCACUCUCAAUGCAAGGAUCAGAAGAGAAUGAAUACAUCAUGAAAGCUAUCAUGAGAUGCCUGUCCGUUCUCCAGCAGGCUGCCGUCCCUUAUCUUCCCAUCCUACUUGAAAAACUCAGAGAAAAACUUGUUCUUGUCAGCAAGAACCCGUCAAAGCCUCACUUCAACCAUUAUUUAUUUGAGUCUCUGAGUUUAACCAUCAAGGUUGGAUGCAAGGCUAACCAAGCAAACAUCGCCCUCUGUGAAACCACCCUCUUCCCUCUGUUCCAAGAGAUGCUAGUAGCAGAUGUGCAAGAAUUCAUCCCCUACAUCUUCCAACUCAUGUCGAUGAUGCUGGAGCUCCGACAGGACUGUUCUGGUCCCUACAUGGAGCUGUUCCCGUACCUCCUGGUGCCGGUCCUGUGGGAGAGGCAGGGCAACAUCCCUCCCCUGGUGCGGCUCCUGCAGGCCAUCAUAGAGAAAGGCGCGGCCAGCAUCGUGGCUAGCGACAAACUGAUGGGACUUCUUGGUGUGUUCCAGAAGUUGAUAGCUUCAAAGACCAAUGAUCACCAGGGCUUCUAUCUUCUUCAGAGUCUGGUCGAACAUCUAGAUGAGAGUAAGAUGAAUGAGCAUGUUGUAUCUAUAUUCCUUCUUCUCUUCCAACGUCUGACCAGUUCCAAGACGACAAAGUUUGUAAAAAGUCUUAUAGUGUUCUUUUCCCUCUAUGCAGUCAGAUUUGGUGCCAGCAAAUUAGCAGAGGUCAUUGAUGGCAUCCAGGCUAACAUGUUCAGUAUGGUUCUGGGUAGACUUUACAUCCCUGACGUACAGAAGACAUCUGGCUCCAUGGAGAGGAAGAUCGUUGCUGUCGGAAUGACCAAGAUCCUGACGGAAUGCCCCGUCAUGUUGACCAAUCCCGACUACCAGAAGCUAUGGACACCCCUACUUCAAGCCCUGAUCGGGGUCUUUGAGCUGAAGGAAGAUGACGAGGUCCCCGAAGAUGAGCACUUCAUUGAGGUGGAGGACCAACCCUCGUACUCUGCUGCCUAUUCACAGCUGGCCAAUGCCGGCAAGGCCGCAAGAGAUCCCUUCAAGGGGACCAUCCAGAAUCCCAAGAUCCACCUGGCGCAGAGUCUGCAGAAGUUCAGUGGUGCUCAUCCUGGACUGAUCAGUGGAAUGAUCACUGGUAGUCUGGAUCCUAAAGCUGCUGCGUACCUUCAGUCGUAUCUUCAGGCGGCCAAUGUCUCCCUGUCAUAACAUCGAGCUGGACCUUCCAAGUAGAAAAUGAAGUUCGUGUGAGACUCUUUAACCGUGAUGGCUCUUCUAACUCUUUGCACAGCGGCCACAAUCUUAUAGCCAUCUUUGAAAACCCCUUUCUUUUUGGACAGCCCUCGUGGAAUCCUUGAUAAAUUCUCUUAUAUUGAUGAGCACAUGUCUAGCAUCUCGUUAAUCUUUACACUGCAGCCAUAUUCUUACGAACAUCUUGGAAAACUCCUCUCUAUAAUUAUUCUGUCCUCAUGCUAGCCUUGAAAGAUUCUUCUGGUAGUUAUGUGACUAGGACAUUCUAACUCUUCGUACAGUGGUCAAGUUCUGAUGGAAAACUGAGAAAAUCUCUUUUUCUGGACCUUAAAGCCAUCAUAAGGCACCCUAUGUCUCCCUCUCACAACACCAAGCUGGACUGUCCGAAUGGAAUUAUGGAAUCCUUUUGAGAUUGUUUUACUUUGGUAAUCACAUGCCUAGGAACUUUUAACUCUCUACACUGCGGCCAAGUUCUUAGGUCCAUCUUUGGCUCUCCCUUUCUUACUAGACUGUCCUCAUGGAAUCAUUGAAAGACUCUUGUGCCUGUGAUCUUCCAACUCUUUUCACAAUGGCCACAUUCCUAUGGCCAGCUUGGGCAAUCCUUCCUUCCUGGACACCAGAGAUAUUGUGUACCUUCAGUCGUUUCUUUCAAGCAAUCAAUGUCUCCCUCUCAUCCUGUCAUGCAGGUCAGGGCUCCAUCUUACAAAGAGUUGCGAUUGAUCAGGUCAAUCGCAACCACGGACGGCGAGCAACGUCAAGUAUUAUAAUGCAUGUUUGUUCAAAAUAUUUUCUGGCCGAGAUGUAUAUUCAUGCAUUCAUAUUGUGCGUAUAUUUCGUAGAAGAAAUUAUGACGUUGAUGGAUUUCCAUAUACUUGUGAUUGAUUGGAUCAAUCGUAACUCUUGUAAGACGGGACCCUUGGUUGAGAGCAUCACAAAAUGGGAAGAUUUUCUCAACCCACUCAUUGAAAGGCGAGAAUCAGAUCUCUUUGAUGAUGUCUCAUUGGUAAUUAUUUUGAUCUAAGCCAUUUUAAACAGAAAUUCUAUUGUAUCAUCUUGGCAGUAAACAAUAGAACGAAGAAAGAAAAGAGAAGGAAUGGUCAAAGUGAUUACAUCAAACUGAGAGAAAUUGAAUAAAUGGAAUCAAAAUGGAUGCAGUAAGCUAGGUGAAUAUUUAAGACUGGUUUUACUGAUGUAGCUACAGUUUCUAAGAAAUAUGACAAUGUAUUGCACUUUUUUUGCCUUCAAAGAACAUUUAAUGUUAUCAAAAUUCCAUUUUACAUUUAGAAAUAUUAAAAAAAAUAGCCACAGGCUAUGGGUGAAGUAGUUGCUAUUUCAAAAAUGUAUGCGUUCUGUGUAUUUUGUAUCUGAAUGUUAUAUACUGUAUAUGUAUUUUGUGACCUAAACCUUAGUAGUCGAUAAAGAAAAUGGCAACGGAAAAAAAAGCACCGUUUGGAAGCUUUCAUGCAAGUUUAAAGACUUGGUAUCAUGCGUGGAAGGGUAAA